CACUGAUCGUUUUGCACAUGACCGAUGGUCAAUCUUUGUCGUCCAUUUUUCGUCAUUUUAUGACAAAUCGGUACCGUAAUCAAAAUUUUUAUUCCACAAACGUCCAUUAGUGUAGUUAAUAAAAUGGCUCGCUGCCAUAUAGUGUUCCUUACAUUAGUUCUAAGUGUUGCGUCGAGUUUAAGCACAGAGGUGCCUGUUUUUCUUUGGGGCGACUUGCCAAAGACUUCCUUGAAGUCCAAUCCUUUAUCGACAAUUAGCGCUAGUGAAUUUGAUAGCAUCCUCAAAGAGGAGCUUGCGAACGACCCGUUCACUGUGAUUUUUAUCGAAGAAAACCUAUCGGUGGAGGAUUUCUCGCGGAGAGACUUGGAGCUCGGUGGGGACACUUCGUACCCGUAUUUACAUGCCAAUCUAGGGGAUUCCUACUAUCUGCCGUCGGUGGAAGACCCGCUUCGGGUGCUGAAUAAGCUAGCCGACCCCGAGAGAGUUAACCACGUGAAAUUGACUGAGAAUGGUUUGUCAGCGGACAUCGAUUCUGAUAAUGGCAGAUUCCUGUUUAUUAACUUGAACGACGCACGCGAUGGCGAGUCCAGGGCGAGCCUGCUACGUCGCCACAACGACUUCUUGGAGAACAUGAUCACGAAACUGCAAGAGCGUUACAAUACCGUCAUUGCUGUGUACACCGCGCGUUACCCUUCAUGGACCGUUCCGGAGAGUCAUUCGCGUGUCCGCCGUCAAGUCCAGCAGAGUAACGGAAACGAUCACAUUUUCGAUGGCCUGAGGUUGUACGUGGAGGCAAUCCAGGUCUCGGACAGUAGGGGCUUCAAAAAUUUAACCACGUUGACUGCGAGCUCAACUGCAUACAGCAAUGUCACUUUGAUGAGCACAACACUGAGUUUCGCAAAUGAAAAUAUUAGUAUUGCUCUGAAUUUUGAAUCCAAAUCUGGAUAUUGGUUGCUUGACUCGGUGACCCUGGAGCCGGGUAAUUACAAUCUGGUAUACGGCGAUGGAUUCACCUCAGAAGUGUACGCCCUCUCCAACUUCUCAUACAGAUGCGCGGAGAAUAUCACCUUCAGGGCAGUGAACGACACCAAGCUGGGUGUUAGUUUUGUUAACUUAAAGGUACAACCUUUCUUCGCGACUCUGAACGCGUCCCAGAUGGAGUUCGGCGACUCAUUCAACUGUUCCGGAUUCUUCUCUGCACCAAUAUGGUCCGGUCUCUUCGUCGUCUUCAUCAUGCUCCUCAUCACCUUCUACGGCAUCAUGAACAUGAUGGACAUCAGGACCAUGGACCGCUUCGACGACCCCAAGGGCAAAACCAUAACGGUAAAUGCGCUCGAGUAAAAAUCUUCAAUGGGAUUUUCAGCCUUGCUCAGAUUUCAAUUAACAUUAGCAUUUUUAAUGUCUCAUUACGCCAUUGACGUGUGAUAAUAAUUCCCAUUAGAUCCCCUAGCCAAGUGCCUGAUGGAUUUUUUUUUUUAAGUAUUUUAUCCAACAAUAAUCCGACCGUCUUAUUCAUAAAAACAAAUCGAAUAAACCUAGUUUAGGCUAUCGAAACGUUUUGUCUUUUUCUUUUAUAUUAAUUUAGCAAUUUGAAAGAAAGUGACAGAACAGUGUAAAAAAAAAGUAGGUUUGUUUAUGGAUUUUACUUUUUUAUGACUAAGCUAGUAAUAUGGCAACACUGGCAUGCCUUACUUCAAUUUCUGUGAAAGGUUAAACGUAAGACUUGAUAAACUAUAAAUUAUUAUUAUUAUAAUAAACUAUAAGAGAGUAUUAUAACAUAAUGUUUGUUAAUAAAAUUGUGCUUUAUAUAAAAACGUAUAAGUGUUAAAAUAUUAUAUAUAAAAUUUGCAGGCCUAAUAUUUGCUGAAUAAUCCCAAGCGCUAAUUUGUAUUAUAAGUAUAGUAUUUAUAUUUAUUCUAAGCUGUAAAGUGACUUGUAUAUCUAAUAUUUAAAAAGCAACAAAUAAAAAAAAAAAUGUACCCAUAAAGGUCGACUCGUAUAAGAGUGAAUAUCCAGCUAGAAGUGACACUGUUGUACUGGAUUUCGAAUAGGGUUGCCAGAAAAUUAUGCCGUAUAUUGCAAAUGGUAGAAUAAAUGUGAUAAUCGAGCAUUACUGCCUGUAAAAUGUGGAAGUUGCCAACCUUAACUGUUUAAGGUCUCUAAAUCUAAUUUACCUCGCAAGAUUAUUGAAUUUUGAUGGAGUGUCACUUCUAUCUUGUAUUCUUUGUCCUUAUAUGGUUGUAGUUUGAAUUAAAACUUGUUACAAUCUCAACUAAGAGAUGUUUGAAAUGUUAGAAUCAUUCACAUUGUCCGAAUGCAAGCAAAACACAGUAGUUAUGAUGGACAAAUAUAAGUGUAGAUUUUACAUAUAUAUCUAGUUAUAUUCAAGCUCAAAAUUCCAUAACAAUUGUAUGAGCUUGUAUGUAUUUGUACACACAUUGUUUUACCAUAAGAAUAAACGGUUCGGUUAGAAGUGACAAUUUAUUUUUGUGAACGAGACAAUCUCACAAUGUUCCUCAAAAUCUACAGGUCGAAAUACCAUAGAUUCAUUCGUAUUUAACCACUUAAUGCGAGGGUUUUUCUGUGAAACGAGGUCAACUGGCGAACUGGUACACGCACCAAAUUCGAACGAGCAUACAAUAAAUAUACACUAAGCUGUAUGAAAUACAAACGGGUGAGAAGGUAUCGCUCCAGAUAAAAAUAUAAACAUAAUAUUUAUAAGUGGCGAGAGGUAUUCGGGAUAGCGUAAAUCGGAACACAUUUGAUACGCGAGAGGGUCUCGUUCGCUAUGCUUAAAUGGUUAAUAAACAAUUUUACUAAUGUACCGCGACGCGCUUUCUCACGGUGCCAGCCCUGGCCGAUAGGACGCGAGUUGGACGCGAGCCGUCUGCGUGCCAAUGUAUACAUACAUUGUUAUUGAAUCCAGAUUGUCGCUUCCACCUGGAUAUUUAUUCUUAUGGUUCCACGUUGAGCACAUUUCGUAAAACUCCAAUUUGUUGUACAAAAAGUUACAGUGUAAUUUCUCUUUAGUCUAUGGCCCUGUUCCCACUGCACCAGUCUGGAAUACUUUUUUUUAAUGGGAUGAAAAUGGAAUCUGUAGCCGCGGCUGCGCUAUCGGUAUACUAUGGUAGACAGGUCAAUCAACCACGAUGCUCUGCCAGAAAAUUGCGGAGGUCUAAUAAUGUACGUUGCUAGCAAUGGGGCGGCUAGUCCCCAUUACAAACCACGCCCCUCGUAUCACAUAUAUGUGUCUUAUUUUAAAUACACGAUCGGGACUAUGCGGUGAAAAAUUUUCGUUUUGCAUAUAACUAGUAUUUACUCACUUGCUUCUUUGUUGUCGACGUUUCGACGUGGUUUGCACCACGUCGUAAUCACUAGUCGACGGUGCAAUCCACGUCGGAACGUCGACAACAAAGAAGCAGGUAUGUAGGCACUUUUUACCUGCAAUUUCACAUCGGGUUACAUUCCUAUAGUGUAUUUAAAAUGCAAAAUAAAGGGAAAGUUUAAAAUUAUCUACGUGCCAGUGUUCGACUAACUUUUUUUUUGGAACGGGGCCUAAUUAUUGAUAGAUAAGACUCGUCAUUAAAAAUGGUGCCUAUUUUCACAUAAAAAUAGACAAUAUUCAGAUGGUUUAUUACCACUGAGAUGUAGUAUAGAGCUGUUAUGUUGUAAAUAAACAAUUUAGACGUUAAUACGAAUCGAAGAAAUAAAUAAAUAUUAAUAUAAACAA